UCAUAACAGACCACCAGGCGCACCGGCAGUCCCCCUCUCUGCUGACUCAGUGCCUUACCAGCAGUCCCUUCAUCCCGAGAUACCGCAUCCAGCAACCGACGCACACUCCUCUGGUCAACACGCCCCGGCUCCACCACCGUACAGAAAUGGCUAAGACUGCAAUCGCUUACAAAGAGAAGAUGAAGGAGAUUUCAGUUCUCUCACUCAUCUGCUCUUGUCUGUACCCCGAGACACGCAAAAACAUCAUGGGUGACUUUCAAGACAUGGACAUCAAGCCCAUUAACAAGCGAGCCUCAGGCCAGGCCUUUGAGGUCAUCCUUAAGCCGACCUCCCCUGUGUCUGAUUCUGCCCACUGCGUCACCAACCCCCCAAAGAGGGACCUUUCCCUGGAGGACAUCCAGAAGAAACUGGAGGCAGCUGACGAUCGGAGGAGAUCCCAGGAGGCGCAGGUCCUCCGGGCCCUGGCUGAGAAGCGGGACCAUGAGCGUAACGUGCUGCUCAAGGCCAUGGAGGAGAACAGCAACUUCAGCCGCAUGGCCGAGGAGAAGCUCCAGGUGAAGAUGGAGCAAAACGAGGAGAACCGGCAGGCUUACCUGGCUGCCAUAAUGGAUCGCCUGCAGGAGAAGGAGAAGCAUGCUCAGGAGGUGCGCAGGAACAAGGAGUUGAGAGAAGAAGUGACAGCGUGAGAAGCCCCAACGGGUUCUACGUCCCACCUCCAAACACCCCUCCCCCCAGCACCACCCCUAACCCUGAGGAACACCCCUCUUCCAACCUUGUCCCACAUGUCCCCACCUUCUCCACCCCUCCGCCAUACCCCCCGCCCAUACUACUAUGAAAUUACCACAGCCUGAGACGCCACCCCGAGACAGUGGGAAGUUCAAAUGGGGUUGGGGGUAAAAGAACAAAUGAAUUUCGGAAAAACAAGAAAAAUUAAUGUCUCCCACUCACUCUUCCCAAAAAAAAGAAUGUUUUUGCUCCGUUACAAAUGAGAAUCAAUGAAAAAAAUCUAAUUGACAAGUGACAGUGGGUAUUGGUUUUUGUAAAUACUUCUUUUUUUGUUAUAUACAGUACGAUACAAGCAGCAAAAGUAUUGAUUGCAGUGUGCCAUUUUUUCUAUAUAAGUUUCCUCUCCCUGCUUAAAUAUGGAUGUGAUAAUUUGUUCAUUUUCAUGUUGUGUAUUUUUUUUGUUCAUUUCAGCCUGAAAAUCGUUUCAGGCGUAGGUGUUUGUUGUGAGUUUGCCAGCUAGCUGAUGUUUGCUGCGACUGGUUGCGUCCUCACAAGGCUGUAUCAUGGCUCCGUUCCCUCGUCUUUCAAGUGGCCAUUUAUUCAUUUGACCCUGCAGAUUUGGAAACCAAAUUGGAUCUGUGUUUGGUCGGAGUGAUUUUCCACCAAGUUUAUGCCAAUGUCCCAAUUAGCGAGGGACAUGUGCAGGAAAGUUGGCAGAAGGAAAGGGGACAGUUGGCUUUCUGCGGGGACUGCAAGCCGUCGCUGCACAUCCUCUCCUGUGAGGUAGAUGGUGACUGUACCACAGGAGAACACUAUAGCAUUUAAUGAGCCCAUCCUCAUCUUCCUUCCCUCCGUCUGCAACCUCUUCAUCUCCCCACAUACAUACUGUAGAAGCACUCACUCACACGCUCUCCAUAUGGGCAGGCAUUUAGCCAAUCAUAGCACAGAGCUCAGGAGGAGCUCGCUAAAUUCUGUCCAUCUGGCACCGGAAAGCUCACGUAACCUCCCUGACCAAUGGUGGGCCUCUUAUAUUCCUCAGAAACAAGCUUGCAAUCACAUUUCAAUCAUGUGUUACUGUACUAUACAACACACCCGUGUGCACAGUCACACAAGUGCAUCUCAAGACAGCUGGAGUGCAAAAAUAACCCUUCACCAGACUUGUUACUGUGAAUCUUAAAUGGGAGAAAAUACAAAUAAUUCCACCUUUCUCCUUUUCUUAGAGGCUAGAGUAGUGCCCAACAUCAUCCGCGCCUACUGGAAUCAUUGCACUUCACUCCAAGACACUGUAAACGCCACCGAAGGGUCGGCACAAGAAAGAUAUGUAAGCCAUAAGAGGUAUAGCUGCAACAAUGAUAAGUGAACACAGUAUUGCCAUCUGUAAAGGUGUACAUGAGUGUAUAAUGAAGUAUUGGAAUGACGGUCACACACGCACGGUAGGCCCAUAGAUGUGUGUGAGUGUGUGUGUGUGUGUAAUGCAGAAAGAGCGGGUGGAUAACAGAUUGUUUGUGCCAUGUAAUAUUGAUCUGGUGAAGUAUAAACCAACACCGUUACAGUGUGUAACAACGAGUACAUCACAGACAGACCUGCCUGCCUCUCUCUCUCUCUCUCUCUCUCUUUCUCUCCUCUGUCCAUUUGUGUGUUUCCCCCCCUCUCCCCCUCUCCACGUAUAUCUUUGUGAGCAAGCAGUGGUAAAUAAAGAUUUGGGGUUCAGUGAAUGAAA